AUGACGCGGGGGACGUGUUUCAAGAGCCGGAUCGUUGCUUCAUUUGCAGCCAUGGAUGUUAACAUUGCUCUUGGAAUGCUUGCUGCACUGGUUAUUCUCACCUCACAGCCAUAUAAUACAGAAGGUGGAAAUGUUAUUUGCCACAAAGAUCUGCACAAGCUCCAGAAGCGCUCAGGUGAGGAUGUUGUUCUUCUAGAAGGUUAUGAAGUUACACCGAAGGAUGAGGAGCGAGAUGGUGACUGUGUGGAAUAUGAGGCAGCCAGGCCUUUUCCCACCUCUGCUGCGCAAACAACCACAAUACAUAAAGUACCAAACACGGUUAAGCCAGUGCCAACCCCCAAAAAAACAUCCAAAAACCAGUGCUGGGUGUACUAUGGUAAACCUGUGAAGCUGUAUCUACACAUGAGGAAGCUGCCCACACUUCCCAAUUCUCAAGGGAAUGUGGUGGUCUCUGGAUCAUAUACAGGGGGAAUAAACGGUUUUGUUAAUAGCCAACCUAGGGUAGUGUGUGGGAAAGUGCAAAUAACAAUGAGACGUUUCUCUAAAGGACUUCAGGAUCACUCUAAUGGCAAUCAGGGAAAGCGAAAUAAUAAGGGAUCAGGGGUGGUUAGGCCAAUAGUGGGCAGGCCUGCGAUGGCUAUUCAGGUGUCCAAAAGUGGAAGUUCCUCGUUUUACAACUUUCUCAGAUCUUAUCAGGGAGUGUUAGCCGCUCAGAGGACCAAGGGAAGUUCAGUUUCUUCUCGCUGUGUUUAGUUUAAGGUGCAGGGCAGGGCACUAGACUAAUGUUCUUCUCCAAGUAGAUACAUGCUAAUUUAAAUUUUCAUGUCAGGAGCCAACUGCUUCCUUUUAGCAUGCUCAACAUAGGCUUCAUACAAUUUAGCCAAUAAAUCCAAUACUAUUGGCAUCAAUGUGGAGGUGGUGAUUCUUUCAUUGAGUGUACACAUUGUACAUCACUGUAUUGUAUAACUUAAAAAAAAAAAAGUAUUUUGGUAUAUAGUUGUGUUGUACCACUAUG